GUUGUCGUCGUAGUUCGUUCUCUCUCGCUCCACGAACGAGUCAGUGUGUAUUGAAUCUUUGCGUUACACGCAGCUCUUAGCCAACUGGGCGCUAACAGUAGUGGUUAUACAAUCGGGAGUUAAAAGACAGCCCUGCAGAGCUUUGUUUACACAACACACCGCCAUCACAACACAGCUGUCUGUGUGUGUCACUGUUGCAGUGAACGCAGGAUGAGCGGUUCAACUAGCAGAACAAAGCAGCAGCACAGUGCAGACAAAGCCGAAGAACCGGCGAGCGCCGAGACCGUGGAAAGUGGCGACACCGAGAUGGCAGAAACUGUUGACACCACAGAAAGAGAAGUGCCACCGAAAAGGCGUGGUAGAAAGCCCGGAUCAACAAAGAAGAAAGCGGCGCCAACACCACAACAACCGCUGGCUGAAGGCGAAAAACGUGGAAGAGGCAGACCCCGGAAACUCCCGCGAAAGGAAACCAGUGGGCCGAAAAGACCACGGGGACGACCUCGGAAAUAUCCACCGAAAGUCGACUCAGGACCCAAACGACCAAGAGGGCGACCUCGGAAAAGUGAGGGAGAUCCAUCAGUUUCAUUAACGCUGAAAAUCAAGAAAGGGGAAAUCGCCACAUCUAAAAAAAAGGAUGGUCGUGGAAGAAAGCGAAAAGAACCCUCAGCUGGCGCAGCAACACCAUCGACGAAGCCGGCUGGCGUAAAACGUGGACGCGGUCGGCCUCCAGGAAGUGUGAAGAAAAGAAAGGUAGUAGAAGAGAUCAUUGAAGAGGCUGAGGCCGAAAGCUCCGUCGCCGUGACAACAGCGGCAACGGAACCACCGGCAGUUAAAAAACCCAGAAGCAAGCCCCCGAAGAAGGCAAUGAUCGAUGCUGUUGCCGCUGAACGCGAGGCAUCAGGCGAGUGAACAAGAAAAGUGCGCCGAGAAUGAGAAAAUCUAUUGAAUGCUGUAUUCGAGACAGUCCACAUGUAAAAUGUUGACUCAAUGCUGUUGCUAUGAAAAGGUGGUGGGGAUAGAUUACGUAAUGUUGUACCAUUAGUUAAUAAU